AUGAAGCUUUCUAGCUAUUUCAUUUCCCUCCUGUUCGCCACUGUCAGUAACACAUAUGCCAGCUGCCUGGAUCAUAUUUCCGCAAAUACAAUGGGUAUUUUCAGCGGUGCCCCCUUCGCCUUUACUACCAAUUACGAAACCGGCUCACAAUGUGCAAGCUACUGCGAUAGCCUUGCCGAAUGCACGUCUUGGCUCUACAGCGUGAGAGGGGGCGAAUGCCAGCUGCACAAGGGCAGUCCUCUAUCAACAUUCUCGUCUCAGCAUUUUAUGUAUGGUGUUUGCGAUGGCCAUAGCCAUGUUGCUACACCAUCUGGCGGCUCAUCUGUAGCUGCGCUAGCUUCACCGAGCGCCAGCUCUGUCUUUUCCGCAAAUGCCGGUGAAACUCCUGCUCUGCAUGUAUGUUUACCACGUCAUGCUCUGGACUUCUACCAUAUCCCUUGCUAA